UUACCUAUAAAAACAAGUUAGAAACUUAAAUCUUAUACUAUCACAUAAUAUCUUUACCUUGCCCGUUUUCAAAAGGGAAGCAAAGUAUUUUUGAAGUCCGCUAACAUGUCAUUUUUCGGAAUUCUUUUGGGAUUGUUUGCUUUAACCUUUGCAACAAGCUUCGAUUUAAAGGAUGAAAUUAAAAACAGAUAUGAAGAUGUUUUAGAUAACCUUGAAGAUGACGAUUUAGAAGAUAAUUCAGACUUAAGGGACGAAAAUGAAGAAAACAAAAAAGAAGUCUCAGAAAGUUACGAAGAUAAUAAUCCGUUACCAAGCUACACUAUGUCUGUAUGCUCAAAAGUAAAAGCUCGAAUUGCACGAGCAUGUGAAGGAAACAACCUAAUAAUUAAUUGCAACGGUAAGCAAAAGAUAAAUGUGUUUGAUGCAAACUAUGGAAGAACAUCGUCUCAAAUAUGUUCUGGUCGUAAUCCUACAAAAAGAAGUUUUGGAAAAGUCUUUGAUUUGUCUAAUAAAUGUAACAAUCAAAAGAAAUCUUUAAAUAUCGUUCACAAGAUGUGCUCAGGCAGGUCAUAUUGUGUUGUUCCAGCAUCAAAUGGGGUUUUUGGCGACCCAUGUUUUGGAACAUAUAAAUAUCUUGAAGUGCAUUUUUAUUGUAAAAAGCGCUGAAACCUCAUACUUUUAUUUGAAUAUGUUUUUUUACUACUGGCAAAAUAAAAUAUAAUCAAUUCGUGAUUUAUUUUUAAUUUUUUUUAAAUAUGGUGUUAUACUUGAUUUUAUAAAGUUUUUUGAUAGAAAUAAAGUUUUACUAAAGUUGACAUUUUUAAACGUGUUUUGUAUUUUAAUCAUAUCAAACUUUUUUGCAAAUCAUAAACUUCCUUAAUGUUUACCUUGAUCUUCACCUAAAAUAUUAAAGAUCUUGAUGUUU